AUGGAAGAAUCCAAAUCAAAGUUCAAGAGAAUUUGUGUCUACUGUGGUAGCAGUUCUGGAAACAAACCUACUUACCAAGAAGCUGCUGUUGAACUAGGAAAAGAAAUGGUUGAGAAAAGAAUUGAUUUGGUGUAUGGAGGUGGCAGUGUAGGGCUGAUGGGUCUAGUUUCUCAGGCCGUUCAUGAUGGUGGCCGCCAUGUUCUUGGUGUUAUCCCAAGAAGUCUCAUGCCAAGAGAGAUUACUGGUGACCCCAUUGGAGAAGUGAGAGCCGUAUCUGAUAUGCAUCAAAGGAAAGCUGAGAUGGCUAGACAAGCUGAUGCCUUCAUUGCUCUUCCUGGUGGAUAUGGAACUCUAGAAGAAUUGCUGGAAAUUAUUACAUGGGCUCAACUUGGGAUACAUAGCAAACCAGUGGGGCUAUUGAAUGUGGAUGGAUUUUACAAUUCAUUGUUAUGUUUCAUUGACAAGGCCGUUGAUGAAGGCUUUAUAUCACCAAAGGCACGUCGCAUUAUCGUGUCAGCAUCCACAGCCAAGGAGUUAGUGAAGGGAUUAGAGGAACAUGUACCUGAGCAAGAUGAAGUUGUAUCCAAGUUGGUGUGGGAAGAAAGACUAAAUUACGUGCCCGAAUCAGAAGUUGCCAUGUGA